AUGGCCAUUGUACUUAUUGUUCCCAUUGUUCUUUGUUUGUUGCUGCGCGCUCUAUUGUUCUUGUAUCAUAUAAAUAGUGGCGCCUGGCAAGGAGAAUCCCCAACACUUGGGACGGAUGAGGGGGAUCGCACCUUGGGCAAGAGCUUCUUGCACUCGGUGAAGCAGUACUGGCGACUGCUUCCCGAGGCGUUCUUCGUGAAUGGGGUGGUCGCUGAGGAGAAGGUAGUCCGCUUCGCCCUCUCCUACAUGUCCAAGGACUCGGCAGCCUCCUGGUCCGAGCGCAUGUCUGAGCGCACCCCGUUCCCGUUCCCCACUUGGGCUUUGUUCGUCACCGAGUUCAAGCUCCGAUUCGUCGAGGAGAACGAGCAAGACCACGCCUUGGCGCGAUUAGAAACCCAUCAGUAUUAUAUGGGCUCCCGCUGUUGA